CCAAGCAAAAUACAUUCCGCGAUUAUUUCAACUGACACAUCACGGCGGAACACAUCGCGAGUGAGUCGCCGACCGCGUAGCCGGGGUACCAUAUUAAAAGUACCGCAACACAGUGCCUUUACUUUCAUCAUGUUCUGUUUUGUUCUGUUGGAAAUGACUCACUUUCACACUUUUCUCAACAAAAAAGAGUUAUAGUGUUAAAAGUGGUACGGUUUCGAAUUCUUUGAUUGGAUUAAAUGAAGAUAUACGAUACAAAACCCAUCAACAAGGUUCCUACAAAAUAAGUGCUGUGAUAUACAACUAGAACGAAUUUAUCUGUGAUUUAAUAAUAAUUUAUACAUCUUAUUCAUCAUCAUUAACAUGAACCAAAUGAAACAAUGACAAAUAAUAGCCAAGACAUUCUAGAAGACGUGCGUGUGGAAAAUGGCCGUCAUCCAGAGCAGUUUGAAAGAUUAUUAGGAAACAGAUGCCAGACAGCACCUACGCUACCUGCGCUGCUUCCUGCUUCACAAAUAUGCGGGAAGAAGUUAGAAACUAGAAGAAGGUCGGACAAUAGCCUCCUGGGUUCGUUCAGCAGGCUGAAGAACUCCAUCGGUUAUGGAUCCAAAGAUGUAACGAAUCAAAUUAAUAGGAUCUCUAGAUUUAGGCAAUCCCGUUUCAACGCUAGACGGUUGAGGAAGAGAGUGGUUUUCAAACAUGGAGACUGUAACGUUGUGCAAGGACAUGUGGCGAAGCGACGUAGAAAAUAUUUACAAGAUAUAUUCACGACAUUGGUGGAUGCCCAAUGGCGCUGGACGCUGUUGGUGUUUGCAAUGAACUUCCUGUUAUCUUGGUUAAUAUUCGCUACAGUCUGGUGGCUUAUUGUAUUUACUCACGGAGAUCUCAUUGAGGAACAUUUGAAUGAAACUGUUUCUUGGACGCCUUGCGUGACAAAUAUUCGCAGUUUCACAUCAGCGUUCCUCUACAGUAUCGAGACCCAACACACAAUCGGUUACGGAGGAAGAGUUAUCACAGAAGAAUGUCCAGAAGCAAUUUUUGUUAUGUGCAUACAAAGCAUAGCUGGAGUGAUGAUUCAGGCAUUUAUGGUUGGCGUUGUCUUUGCAAAAUUAUCCAGACCGAAGAAACGGACCCAAACUCUUUUGUUUUCGAGGAACGCGGUAAUAAACCAUCGUGAUGGCGUUCCUUGUCUCAUGUUCAGGGUGGGCGACAUGAGAAAGAGUCACAUCAUCGAGGCCCACGUCAGGGCCCAACUGAUUAAGCAUAAAGUUACCAAAGAAGGAGAACACCUUCCGUUUUUUCAAACAGAACUGAAGGUAAGAGAUAAAGUUGGAGGAGACGGAGAAGAGGACAAGAUCUUUUUCAUUUGGCCAACAACAAUCGUUCACAAAAUUGACAGUAAAUCUCCGUUAUAUAAUAUGUCAGCCAACAACCUUUUGAGAGAACGUUUCGAGAUCGUUGUUAUUUUGGAGGGCGUAAUAGAAUCGACUGGUAUGACAACACAAGCUCGUUCCAGUUACCUGCCAUCGGAAAUACUGUGGGGUCAUAGAUUCCAGUCCAUUGUUUCCUUCAAAAAAGAAUCCGGAGAAUACGAGGUUGAUUAUGCGCAAUUCAACAAUACAGUAGAGGUAGAUACACCUCUCUGUAGUGCCAAAGAGCUAGAUGAACGUCGGGCUAUGUAUAGCAAUGAAGGCUUAGAAGAAAAACCUAGAUUCUUGACAAUUGGUCAGUGUCGCAUGGGAGGGAUCUUCCCGUCCAAUCGCACCCAUUCCACUGAUAGUCUCUGCAGUAUGGAUUCCUUAUCGAUUGAUGACGGUCAUAUUGAGAUGAAGAUAUCGAGUCCCAUUCCCGUUAUGGUUACCGCGCCAGAAGAACAGAAACCGUUAACAAAUGGCACCUUGAAGAAUAAAUCGAAUUUAUUGCCGGUAUGAUGAAAUGGUGCUUUUAGUGCAAUUUUUUCAGGAAGAGAAAUCAAUGAGAAAUACUGUCAUCCCUGGAAUUCUUCCGAAAAGUUUUACAUACGCUUAAAAAUUGUGAAUAAUGGCGAUAUUGCUGGUCGAUAUCAUUUGUCAAUUGUAAUUAUUGGUAGUCACAAUGUUUACUUGAAAGUUUUCAGAAGCUCUGUGCUCAUAUUCAUUAUUUUUGAUGUAAAUAUUAGUGCAUAUCAUAAUAUCGUUAUAAGUCAGUUGAAAGUUUUUUCUGGUGGAUUGUGGGUGUCUUCAACAAUAUGCUUGUUUUUCUUUCACUGCUAUUCCGCAUUUAGGAACAUAUUUUUUGUUGAUAACAUUUUUUAUUUGAAUUUUAAACAAUAUCU